AUAUACUUUUUGGUAUAUGCUUCGCUAACGAUGUCGUUGAUGAAAAUUCAUCGAAGCAAUGAAUCAUUUUGGAGUUGUGGCACAUUGAUGUGGUUGUUGUUGUUGGCGCUGGCAUUGUCAUUGUUGUCGCUCGCAGAGACGACGGCAACAUCGGCGACAUCGACGACAGGCAGCGAAACGCAAACGAGUGCAACAAAUGGUGCAAUUAGACAGCAGCAGCAGCAGCAGCAGCAGCAAGGGGAUCAACAGCAACAAAACAAUGCAACUGCAACAGCAAAUAUUGCUUCUGGCAGCGAAAGCCAAAUGCCAAAUGCGAGUUUGCCAGAAAUUUUGAGCGCCAGCGAUGUGGAUGUGGUUGCCGAGAAGCCGACCACUUAUCGACCCGCUGGCGGCGGCAAUCGACCCUCGAUUGCACCACACAAUUCGGCGCAGGAGCGUGAACGUAAAUUGAUGAAUGUUUUGGCGGCUCGUCGCUCCGCCUUGCAUCGUGGUGGUUUUCGCACGCGCAUCGGCACCACCGGCCGCAGUGCCACAUCGCCGGCAGCUGCUGCUGCUGCUGCUGUGGAGAGCACCUCGAAAUCACCGAGUGAUCCACGCACAGUUUGCAUACGCAAUUGCACCAAGAAUUUCACACGCCGCACCACCGCCAGCUGUAUGCGACAAUGCGCCAAUUUCACCCGCAUGGCAAUGGCGGGCAGCAUAGCCAACAACAACAGUUCGGUGGUGCUGCGUGCGCCCAGCAAGGCCAGUGUUUCCACCGGAGAACGUGAUACCAACGAGAUUCUCUUCAGCGACGAAUCGUCGCAUGGUCUCUUUGUGGUGGCCAAGGAACAGAAUGAUACCCUCAACCACAUUGCAGAUGUGGCCAAAUCUGCGGUGGUGGCCAAGCAACGUGGUCGUGUCAAGCCAGCGGUGGUCAGCGUUACACUUGCACCCACCUCCCUGGAGGAUGAGGAGGAGGAGGAGCUGGAUGAUAAUGAUGGACUGCAGCCUUAUCUGUAUUUUGGUGCCAAGUUGCCGCCAAUUAAGCCGGGCGCCUUGACCAUCACAGCAGCCGCUGGCGAUGACCAGCAUCCACGCGUACUCGAAGUCUCUGUCGGCAGCAGCACCACUACCACAACCACUGCAUCGCCGCUGGAGUUGACAGCACCACCCACCAUCUCCACGCGUCGUCCGCUAACCGCUGUGGAGCGUAGUCGCAGCCGCUACAAAUACCACAUGCGUGAACGUGGUGUGGUGCCCACCACUGCAUCACCCAUCAGUCGUACACGCUAUGUGGGCUCUGGUCGACCCACAGCGGGUCUAACGGAGACUUCAGUGGAACAAAAGAGCCAGCCAGAGACGAGUCCAGAGCUGGUCAAACCUGUCGUAGUGCGACGCUUGGCUGCCAGCAAACCACAAACAUCGUCGACACCACUUAUCAUCACUGUGCUGAGCGCGGAGGAGGAGACAACUGUGUUGCAGCCUGAACUAAAAACGGAGAGCUCAACCACCACGACAAGUACAUCAACAGCGAGUACCACUACCAGCACUACUAGCAGCAGUACCACCACCACCACAGCGAUACCUUUGACCACCAGGAAGCCAACGACAAGUAGCACAACAACAGCAACAACAACGACAACAACCACAACAACAACUACAACCACACCAACUCCUACGACAAGCACAACCACAACCACAACAACUACACCUACACCAACCAGCACAUCCACCUCAACCACUCAACCCGUGCAGAGCAAACCCAAAACCAUCAUUGAAGAGGAUACGGAAAGAUUGCGCGCCUUGGGUCCAUCUCUGACCAAAGAAAUCAACAUUGAGGAUCAGAAUAAUUUGAUAAUCUUUUGCAAUAGCACCGCCAACUGUGAGGCACCACGCACCACCACCGACUCCAGCUCCAACUCAAAGAUACUACGCACCACUGUGCUAAGUUCGGUGCGUUCCACGGUCAAUCCACGCACCACCAGCAGCACAACAACAACAGCAGCACCAGCACCACCAACAACAGCUGCCACUGGCAAUAUUUAUAUAGGAAUUGUGGAAUCUUCUUCGACUUCCUCUGCGGGUCCAAUGGACAUCAGUUCCACAGCGAUAGCAGAUGAUCGGGAUGUGGGCUUGGAGAUGCGGCGCAUGAAUCUGGUCACACUGGUGCUGGUGGCGGUGGGUGUGGUGCCACUCGUGGCCAUUGUACUCUAUUUGGUGCGCAACUAUUUGGUGCGACGCCAAACCAAACAAGAUGAUGUCUUUGACAUUUGCAUUGCCGAUCAGCUGCCGAUUAGCCCGGUCAAGAAAGUCGACUCCAAGUAUCAGCUGGAGCACGACGAAGACGAGGUGGAUCAUCAUCAGCAAACCAUGCCUAUUUCUAACGCCCAGCAGCAGCAACAGCAGCAGCAGCAACAACAACAGCAACAACACAUCAGGGACACCAAUCACAAUCGUUAUGAGGACAAAACUUCGCUGGCCAGCGAAUUUCAUGAAUUUGAUCGCAGCAAUAUCCGUUUGAAGAGUCUGCUUGGUGAAGGCAACUUUGGGCAGGUGUGGAAAGCGGAAGCGGAUGACCUCAGUGGUCAUUUUGGUGCCACACGCAUCGUUGCCGUCAAAACAAUCAGAGCCUGCAGCGCUCAGGUUAGCCUCAAGGAUGAGGCAAGCAUUAUGCGCAAGCUGGGCUCCCAUCAGAAUGUGGUCACCCUACUGGGUGCCUGUGUCGAAAGCGAGCCCCAUAUGAUAAUUAUGGAGUAUGCGAUGCGAGGACGUCUUUUAUCCCUGCUGCGGGCAGCUCGAAGUGCAACGAAUAUUCUGCCGGCAUCGGUGCCGGGUGGACGCAGUCUGGCGCCGCUCUCGCCGCGCACCUUGGCAGGCUUUGCUCUGGACAUUGCCUGCGGCAUGGAGUACAUUGCCGGGCACAGGAUUGUGCAUCGCGAUAUGGCGGCACGCAAUGUGCUGCUGGACCACAAUGGCAUGUGCAAGAUCUGUGAUUUUGGCAUGUCCAUUGAUCUGGAUGCGGAGCGGAUGCGUAAGGAACAGGAGAAGAAUGCCGCCAACGAUAUGCUGCGCAGCAAUGCGCAAAAGUUUAAGUUCGACUUUGGCAGUCGCUACAUUCUGCAGCACUGGCAGCACACCUUCGGCCAGACUGGCCAGCACUGCUCCAAGGAUCAGGCGCACUCCGAGAAGAAGUCGCAUGGCCACGACACGAUUGGCAAGCGGCAUGCACUUCCCAUACGCUGGAUGGCGCCGGAGAGUCUCCAAUUUCACAUGUUCACCACCGAAACGGACAUCUGGGCCUUUGGCAUUGUCCUCUGGGAGAUUGCCACGCUGGGCUCCACGCCGUACUCUCACCUGACGGGACGGGAGGUCAUACGCCGUGUACCACAGGGCCAGCGACCGGAGCUGCCCAAGGAGAGCCGGCACGAGUUCUACAAUCUGAUGUCGCGCUGCUGGCACAAGGAUCCACACAUGCGACCCUCGUUCGCGCAGGCGCGUCUGGAGAUCACUCGAUCGCUGCACAAGUGGGUCGACGAUGAUUCCGCCGCCUCCGACUAUAUGGACGUCAGUGGUUUCAGCGAGGAUCUCGAGCAUGGCGUUGUCUACUUCAAUCAUCGUAUUUCGGAGUUCGAGUGCGAGAUAUGACGUUGACUGCAACACCCCCACCCACACCACCAACCUCAAAAAAAAAAAACGAAAAAAGAACAGCACCACCAACAUCACAUUAGCAUCCAAUUACAAACCACCACUUCGCCAUUGCCAACCAACUAAAUAAUGUAUAUGUAGGAUCAGGCUUAUUCGCAUACCCCAAAAUUCAUAUUAAUUCGAAAUUCGCGUGCUUGUCGAGCAGUAUUAUUUGUAUCUUCUAUCUUUGUAUCUAUUCUCCCCUCGUACGUUUUCGGUUGCCAGCGGCUUUUUGCGAGCUCUUUUGUAUAUAUAUAUUUAUCUAUAUAUAUUUGUUUUUGCGUAUGCAAUUGUUUAUUAUGAUUUACCAUUUAGGCUGUAUAUUUAAUGAAUGGCGCUACUUGUGCUUAGUUGAUAUUAGUCAGUUAGUUCUUCUAGUCUGUAUCUAAAAUUCAUUUUCCCACAUGUUGAGCCGCUUUAACCUUAACCGUAGUCUUUAGUCCAGUUGACUGCACCGCAAUAUGGCACAAAAGUUUAGUUUUUGAUAUAUAUGUAUAUAUAUAUGUAUCUCUAUAGAAUAUAUACGCAUACGACUUAAUUUUAUUGUUAUCUAUAUAGAAAUACAUAAUUGUACAAAAUAAAUUAAACACAAAAUAUAUAAUAAUUAUAGUUAC